AUGGUACGAGCUAAGUGCUGGACCCUGAAGAAACACUUUGAAGGCACUCCCACCAAGAGUAACUUUGAGUUGAAGGAAGUUGAGCUCCCUGCAAUACAAGAUGGAGAAGUGCUUCUUGAAGCUUUGUACCUCAGCGUUGACCCUUACAUGAGAGUUGCUGCAAUGACUUCUUUGCAAGAAGGUGACACAAUGAGUGGAGGCCAAGUUGCCAGGGUGGUGGAAAGUAAAAAUGCUGCCUUCCCGGUUGGCAGCAUUGUGGUGGCUUCAUCAGGAUGGACAUCUCACUCCAUCUCUAAUGGGCGAGGGCUGGAGCUGCUGCCUGAAGGAUGGUCAGAGACACUACCUUCAUCGUUGGCUCUGGGAACAGUUGGCAUGCCAGGUUUAACAGCAUACUUUGGCCUGUUUGACAUCUGUGGUUUGAAAGGUGGAGAAACAGUGCUGGUGAAUGCAGCUGCUGGAGCUGUAGGUUCAGUGGUGGGACAGAUUGCUAAAAUAAAAGGCUGCAAAGUAGUUGGCUGUGCAGGCUCUGACAAAAAGGUGGCAUUUCUAAAAGACCUCGGUUUUGAUGUUGCCUUUAACUAUAAGACAGUGGAUUCUUUGGAAGAAACACUGAAGAAAGCCUCCCCUGAUGGCUACGACUGCUAUUUUGAUAACGUAGGUGGAGAGUUUUCCAACGUUGUUAUCACUCAGAUGAAGAAAUAUGGGAGGAUUGCUGUGUGUGGGGCUAUCUCUCUUUACAACGAUAAAGUUCCUCAACAAGGACCCUAUGUGCAAUUUCACCUCAUUUAUAAGGAGAUUCGCAUGGAAGGGUUUACUGCCUCACGCUGGCAAGGGGCCACUCGCCAGAAGGGGUUGAAGAACUUGCUGCAAUGGGUCUUGGAGGGCAAAAUCCAAUACCAGGAACACAUCACCGAAGGAUUUGAAAACAUGCCCACAGCAUUCAUCGGAAUGCUAAGAGGAGACAAUCUUGGAAAAGCAAUUGUGAAAGUUUGAAGAAUGCAAGAUUAUGUCAUUUAGAGUUCAAAGUAUGGGAUUUUAACACCUGUUUAAACACGCGUUACCCAAAGGUCUCUCAAAUACUUACUUGCUUUGCAAGACAAAUAGCCUUAAUUCCCCAAAAGAGAAUAAAAAUAAAGUAGUGUAUAGUCUGAAAAA